AUGUUGAAGCAGGAAAAUUUAGCAGCCAAUUUUUGCGGCCUACUCGCACUUGGUGGAAAUCGAGAUGUUGCUGUCGAGUGGCGAAUCUUGGGCAAGGAACAGGACAGUUCGCUGUUGGCCAGUUGGGUUUCGUUCGACGCCAAGCGAAACCGCGACGAGCCACAGGAGCAGCACCCGCAGCAGCGCACCAACAUCGGUGUUUAUAUGGCCAAAAACAAAACGUUCGAUGUGCUGUACACGUUUGCGGGCCGCGAGAACGUCAUACAGGCGUCGGUAAACCUCACCCGCACGCUGCUGCUGUACGUGUUGAAGGAGCUGAAGCUGGACGAAUCCGGACGGAAUGCGGAUAUAUACCGAGCAUAUCUCGUGGAGGUACGACCAAAAGUAGACAACGUUCAGCCUCAGCUUCUCCUGGAAACGGACGGCAAUCGACAGGUGAUGGCCACAUUUCUGUGGCGCAAACUGUCCACCUUUGAGAAGAACUAUCAGGACAAAUUUCUUUUGCUGGUACACCACGAACACGUGCUUCUGUACACGGUAUCGCUGAAAUCGGUUGAAAGCAACGAUGAUGCGUCUGCUGCUGGCGGUAGCAGUCUUGGCGGAACUCGUAUUGACUACACAAACCCACGGGCCUGGGAGUUGGAUCGGGGCAGUUUGAAGAGUGACACCAUCACAAAGCGCUUCAUCUGGGCUCAGUGGGAUCCUACCGUUCAGGCACUGUACUAUAUUCACCUGAAGCCGAGCACCAGAACCAUCUUCGAGAAGGAACUGGACGAAAUGGGCACUGCGUCCGGCGAGGGUGAUGCCGAGUCGCAACGAAUGCAGCCGACGCUCUCCGCGUAUCAGUUUCACGAUGAUCUGCCGACGGAAACCGUGCUAAACAUUCCGCUGAAUCUGCCCAAAAUACCGGCCUCCAGCAGCGAGGACAUCUACGAGGACGACACCGUACCGCUGCGCAUUCACGACUCCUCGUUGAACCUUGUGAUCGUUAGCGAUGAGUCGGGCAUGCUGUUUGUCUGUCACUAUUAUCUCUAUCAGCCGAUCAAGCCGCAGGAAGAGGAUGCACCGUCGGGUACUGGCCAGCCGGGAAUGUCACAGGCCAUCUUCGACGUACACUUUGCAUACUCGGUAACCAUCCUCCAUCACGGGUGUGUCAUACACUGCGUCAUCCCCGGCAUUCCCUGGGAGAAGGCGAAACUGAUGAAGCCAACGUUCACGCUGCACGGCGAUCACCAUGUGCUGGUGUUCCAGGCGGACCUGUUCAUGCAUCUGCUCGAUGUAGGACUUUCGCACGAACCGUCGUGCCACAUCGUCAGUGCACCAUUUACGCGCGCGCCCAUCACGCAGCUCGUGCCGUGCUUUACGACGAACAACAUCUGCUACGACUCGGCCACGCUCGAUCUGAUCUCGAUCACUAUCCCGAAGGCGCACCUGAUCGAUGCGUUUCGGAACGACACGUCGAUCGAUAAUCGCCUCGCAAUCGUGCAUUACUUUUUGGCCCACUCCAACGGUGAUAUUAUAGAGAUCUUUUCGGAGAUAUUGGGCAUCGUCAUGGAGCGACCGUUGCACCUGGAUACGGUGCCCUUACUGAAGGAGGCACUUAUUGCCGGUGCGUAUGCGUCGGCCAAGAAGGGCCUAACGCAGGAUCAACUCGCCCUCUACCGGCUCCUGCCGCUGACUUCCUGCAGUACUGCGAAACCGAUCGAAGCGAAAGUGGGCCGCCUGAACGUGGGUCUUUCGCACGAAACUCUCUACAACACGACAAUGAUGCUGCUGUCGCCGCAGCAAAGGCUUUCGCCCUUCCGCAAGGACAUCUGGACGCUGCUGUGGGAUCGACUGAACGACAACAACAGCAAGGAGCGAACCCGCUUCCAACAGGAGCAGGUACGCGAGAAGCUCAUGUACUCGCUUGCCUGCUACCAACCGGAAGCGUUGUCUCGUUGCACCACUCCCAUGUCACCGGCGAAUCCGAUUGCCAACAUUGGUUCGGAUUUUUUUGCCAGCGCCGCGGCCAGCCGCCGGGCACUGCCAAACGACUUGCUGCCGUUCGUCGAAUCGGAAGCCUGCACGGCCAACAAACAGGAGCUGGUGCUAAACGUGAACCUGCGCGAGCUGAGCAUGCACCUCGUGAAGCACAGCGUCAAGGAGGUGACCGGCUUCCGUUGGCUUAAGAACGCAUUCUACGACAGCAACCCAUCGACCUCACACGUACACGCCGUCGCCACUCGUUACGUAGCCGCACAGCUGGAACAGGCACGUGCCCUAUGUGUGCUGGUGUGUCGAACGGCCGGUCUCGAUCUUGCGCUCGAAGGAACCGAACGUGGGUUCGCACUGAUCGAUCAACUCGAUCGAGCGCUUCUGGUGCGGCUCUUUGCCAUGCUGGAGCGCUACUGUCUGGCAGUGGAAACCCUGGCCUUUCCGCUGCCGCUAGGGUUUUGCUCGUUCUUUUCGUACCUUGGGUAUCGCGCUCUUGCCUACGAUGCGUUCAUGCAGUACGUCGAUCACCACGUGUUUGAGCUACAGAUCGACGUCGUGAAGGUGAUUUUUGCUGACAUCGAGGACACACCGGACGGCAUUCGGCGGAAGCUGGGCCUGCUGAUGCUGUUGCCGCGUUCGCGUGCCCGCCGGUUGCUGAACAGCUGGAACCACCCGGUCAGCGCGAUGCUGCGUGGUCGCGAACAUGCGAUGAACAUCCUCUCCGGAAACUCCGUGCACCCGCGGGGCUCAACGCACAACAAAAAGCGUGACUAUCAACCGAAAGAUCUCUGCCAGGGACUUGGGGCUGCGAAGAAGCUUCAGCAACCGUUGGACAACUUUUUCGAUCUGCUUACAGCGAAGGCCAACCUAAACGAACUAGAUUUCAAUCUUCUGAUCGAAACAACGCUUACGUCGGUGGAAAAUUUUCACGUGUAA